AUGAAGAACUGGAAAGAGCAUCUUUCAAGACUUCUCCGUCGCCUUAUCGACGAGGAUAUCAUCCUCGUGGAGUGGGACCAGAGGCUCCUCAUCAGACUAGGAGUUCCCCUAGUAACGGGGUCCUACUUCUUCCUUGUUCCCGACGACCAGCUUCCCAAGGUCAUCAGCAUUGCUGCCGACCAAGAGCUGCAUCCAGCGGACGAGAGCACCCUGGCUGUUGGCUUCGCCAGCGAGUUCUCUGGCCGUGCUGUUCGCUAUAUCAUAGAUGAUACAGAAGCAUGCACUACUGCCAUCUCAGCUCUGGCCCCUAGGAGCUGGCGUCGACUCCUCUUCAUCCCCAUGUCGUGGCCGGAGAUCGCACUCAGCGAGCUGGAGCCGGCCACCAUGGUCGACCCGCUGCGUUCGGGGCCAGAUUUGAAUAUCUGGAUCGUGCCUCUACCCGUUGUUUGCGCGAGCUACGCAAGACUGGCUGUCCGUGAGCGCAGGGGGACCACGCCACGCCAAACUCUCAUAUGCGACCUCAUCUCCCUCGUCGUGGAGACCUUCUUCGACACAAGCUACGAGGGUGACUACGAGGAGAUGAUACCCGAUACCGUGCCAUUUACCGAGGCCGAGAUUCAUGAGAUGGAGAACGCUGCUAGGGAGAUUCAAUCAUGGGAGAUGCGGUUCGGCGAGGAGUGGAUUAAGGAGCAGCUAGUCAACAUCGUGACGGCAAAGCCUACCACACUUUCAUGA